AUGAGGUGGUUCAAGGAUGGAGACAGAAAUAUCAAGUUUUUUAAUAAUUAUGUUAAAGGAAGAAGGAGGAAGUUGGCAGUUCAUACUAUACAAAAUAGUCAAGGGGACUGGUUAAACAGAAACGCUGAUAUUGGACAGGAAGCUGUGUCUUUCUAUCAACACCAGUUUAGACAAGAAGCAACAUCAGGUGAUUAUAAUAUGCUGAAGAAGAUUCCUAAGGUGAUCACUAAGGCACAGAAUGAGGUCUUGACUGCUUUACCUAGUAAUGAAAAAGUCAAGAAUGCAGUGUUUGGAUUAAAUGGGGAUAGUACUGGUGUUUCAGAUGGUUUUUCAGGCCAUUUCUUUCAAACAUGUUGGAGUAUCGUAGGUGGAGAUGUAACUAAUAUGGAGAAUAUAAACACCUUUGCUGAUCUGAGACCAAUCAGUCUAAGUACUUUUGCUAAUAAAAUCAUCUCUAGAGUUUUGCAUGAAAGAAUUGUUCCACUGUUGCCUGCUAUAAUAUCAAGCACUCAGACUGGUUUUAUUAAAGGUAGGAGCAUUAUGGAGAAUGUAUUACGAGCUCAAGAGAUCAUCAGGGAUAUUAAUAAGAGAAACAAGCUACACAAUGUGGUGGUAAAGCUUGAUAUGACAAAAGCUUAUGAUAGAGUUUCAUAUAUGGUUUGGAGAUUGGUUUCAAACAACUGGUACUUAAUAUUGAUUAAUGGGAAAGCUCAUGGCUUUUUUAAUUCAUCAAGGGGUUUGAAGCAAGGUGAUCCACUCUCUCCAACACUUUUCAUAAUAGCUGCUGAGGUUUUGGCCAGAAAUUUGAAUGAGUUGCAUGAUGAUCCAGCAUUCAAGGGCUAUGGUAUGCCAAAGUGGAUUCCUCAUCUAAAUCAUCUGUCACAUGCAGAUGACACAAUCUUAUUUUGCUCAGCAGAUCCUGUUUCUUUGAGAAAGAUGAUGAAGGUCCUAAGAAACUAUGAGAAAGUGUCAGGCCAGCUGGUAAACAAUGAGAAGAGUUCUUUCUACUUGCAUGAGAAGGUGCCAACAAGUGUUGUUGGUAGAGUAAAAAGAAAGACUGGGAUGAGGUUACUGUCAUUUGGUGGAAGGUAUAUUUUGAUUGCUCAUGUUCUGCAGACUAUGCCAUUUUAUCUGUUAUCUGCUAUGAUUCCAUUAAAAGGGGUGAUUGAGCAGCUGCACAAGAUUUUUGCCAACUUCUUUUGGAGUAAUACUACAGGAGUUAAAGGAAAACACUGGGUUGCAUGGGAGAAAAUGUGUUUACCAAAUGAGGAGGGAGGUCUUGCAUUCAGAUCUCUACAUGAUAUUUCAAAAGCUGUUUUUGCAAAACUCUGGUUGAACUUCAGGACAACAGUGUCAUUAUGGGGGCUUUCAUGGCUAACAAGGGCAUUGUUUUUUGUGGAUACUGAGCACAAUUUGGAAGAUGAGACUAAAGUUAAGGAAUAUAUCUUGAAUGGAGAAUGGGAUCAGCAUAAAUUAACUUCAGUUUUGUCAAGUGAAACAGUGGAAUACAUUGUGGAAAAUAUCAGUCCUGCUUUGGUGGAGGCUGAUAAUGAUAAGCCCUGGUGGAUGGGGGAAAACAGUGGUCAAUUCUUUGUUAAGAGUGCAUGGGAAGAGGUAAGGCAAAAACAAGAAACCAGAUCAGUGUAUAAGUUCAUAUGGUUGAAGGGCAUGCCAAUAAAGAUCAGCUUCUUCCUGUGGAGACUGUGGAAAAGGAUAAUUACUACUGAUGACAAUCUUAAGAGGAUGCAUAUCAGUCUUGUAUCAAGAUGUUGGUGUUGUGAGGAAUAUAAGCAAGAGACCAUGUCUCAUUUAUUUCUAACAUCUCCAACAGCUUUUAAGCUUUGGAAACAGUUUGUUUCUUGUGCAGCUCCUGCAUCACACAAGUUGCAAACCAUCUUUCAAGCCAUUCUUGCUAUCCUAUUAUGGGAAAUAUGGAAAAGGAGAAAUUCUAUCAAGCAUGGUAGAAAUACUACAUAUAGCAGAAUGGUGUAUCAAGUUCAGCAGGCCAUCUAUCAGCUAGUUCAAGCGAAAUAUCCAUGGAUAAGGAGGCUUCCACCAGACUGGCCUUCUAUAGUGGAGAUGCUCACACAAUAUAAGCCAAGGCUUCAUGUUCAUAAGGUUGUUUGGGAACUACCACAACAUGGCUUUAAAUGUAAUACUGAUGAAGCUUUUCAAAGGAAUCCAGGACUUAGUUCAUAUGCAUUUUGCAUCAGAGAUGAUAGAGGGGAUCUUAUGUAUGCACAAGCUAAGAAACUAGGCACAGCUACUAAUAUGGAAGCUGAGACAGCAGCAAUACAGGAGGCUAUUCAUUAUUGUUACUCUAACAAUCUGCAGCAUGUUCUGGUUGAAAUUGAUUCACUGGCGUUGAAGAACAUUAUUCAGGAUGUAUGGAAAAUACCUUGGAAACUAGUGGAGAGGGUAGAGAUGAUGCAGCACAGAAUGAGGCACUUGAACAUGGACAUCAAGCAUGUUUUCAGAAAGGGCAACCAACUAGCAGAUUUUUUGGCAAACACUGCUCUUCAACAUGAUGAGUUGCUGGAGUUUCAUUGUUUUCAGGAUUUGCCAUCCAUGGGAAGGAAGAUUAUAAACAUGGACAAGUCACAAAUUCCAUCAUUGAGGAUCAGAACAAGGAAGAUUCAACAUGCUUAG